AGAAAAGGCGGCGGAUGUCACUAGAAAGUGGWCUGGCAGCAAGACCUUGCUGUGGCUUUGGCUGGAGAGGAGGGGACAUCAAGGCCAACCAAACAUCUGCUUGCUGAACACUCCUUCGUUCCUCUUUUGUUUCAGCUGUAGCUUGGUGAGAUCUAUUACAGCAGCUGACAAACACAAGGAGACAGAAACACAGAGGCAGAGAGAAAAGAGGAUAAGCUCCCUUGGCAGUGACAGAAUUUCCAGCCCUGCUCUCUGCGGACGGGAGGAACGUUCCCACAGCGAUGGAGUCGUGCAGCACAGCCGUGACCUGCACGUUUGCCACUUUCUUGCUCCUUCAUCCAGGUCUGAUCUCCAGUACGGCUCAGCAAAAUUUACUCCAGACUGGGCUCGCAGGAGGGGAGGUGACCCUGAACUGCCCAGUCAUAUCUCUUGACUCAAGGUUACCUCCGGAUACAGUUGUGAGCUGGAUGUACUAUGAUACUCUUCUAUGGCGUAAGGAAAAUACUCGUGAAUAUUGGAAAAGACCAAUUGCCAUUAGUGGUGAAGCUGAAAUCAAGGGGGAAUAUAAACAGCUGAGGGUGCGGAAGUUGAAUCUCUCUGAUGCUGGCAUCUACACCUGUCAAUAUGGCUCUCGCAAAGUCCAGACCUCACUGCAUGUCUUUAAAUUGACGAUCUCUUCAGAUGGGCACUUUCUGCAAAAUGAAGUCCCUGAGCUGAUUUUAAUGCAAAAUUCCCCCAGUCCUCUACCUGACCUCAGCAUCACAUUGUUUAACAGCAACAAUAACAGAGUAACACCARAAUUAAAAAAUGAGAUGCGUCAAAAAUACAUCAUGAAUUUAAAGAACCUGGAGGCUACGGACAACGGGACCUGGGUGUGUCAGGUCCAUUCAGACUCUCCACCGAUUAAUCAGAAAAUCUUCUUUGCUUUGAAGGUAUUAGGUUUUCAGAAUCCAGGUUCAGAAAGAAAGUAUGCAACUGUUGAUAGCACUGUCAUCUUGUCAUGGCAUMUGAACUUCCAGAAGAUAAAAUGGAAAGAAGAUUUCACAGGACAGCUGWUUUGGAAACAACAGGAAAGUGCAAACACUCUUGAACUGUUUGAUUUCAAAGUCACAGCACAAGGAGAGCUGCAUGAGACCAAAAAGAGCAGCAACUUUUUAUUUGAGAUACCUGAAAGAAAACCUGAAAGUACCAUACAAGUGAAGCUCCCCRAAGUCCAUUUCAACCACUCUGGGCAGUACCAGUGCCAGCUAGCAUACCAAGGAAGACACACACAGAGCAAGAUAGAGCUGGUGGUGAUGAAAGUCUCAUCUGACCCUGCUGGGCCACUCUCCAGAGGGGCCAAUAUGACCCUGACCUGCCAGGUCUCUGGUCAGCUCCCACCCAAUGCCUACUUACGCUGGGAACGUGUGAAUGGGACUAAGAUGGACAUAAAGAACUCAAAGCAGCAUGAAGUAAAGUUGGAGGUGAACAUCAGUGCUGCAGGGCUGUGGAGCUGUCACCUCAUAGAAGACAAUGACAGAAAGAUCAGCUUUCAUUACCACGUAGAGGAAGCUCCUGUUUGGAUUAACUAYGUGAUAAUUGGAACAAGUGUUGGAGGUGGUAUAUUGGUGUUUGUCCUUGCAUGCCUGUGCAUCAUCAGUAGUAUAAAGUGGAAGCGGAGAAGGCAACGGGCGAGAAGGAUGGCACAAGGAAGACAAUACUUGCUGGAAAACAAGACAUGUCAGUGUCAACACCGGCUGAAAAAGUGAGAGAGCAGCUCUGGCAYCACAAGGACUGAUGAAGUCUCUGGCCUGUACCUAAACACCUGGCAGCCCAUAGUGCUCUGCGAAUCCAUCUCCCUUUCUCCUGUUYUAAUGAAAUUCUUUAUUSCUUCAUCAUUCCCCCAGUCUAAUGYCGUGGAGGGAGGUUAUCUGGCUAGGAGCCAAUGGACCAGACGAGGAACCCUGAAGGGUUAUGAUUGAUCCCCAGUUUUGUAAUGAGACACUGAACAGAAGAUAUAGAUAUAUAUAUACAUACACACAUAUAUAUAAUAAGCUUGUAUUUUGUUCAUGCACUUAAUUUGACCUUCUUGUGGAACCAAUUUUAUGUGCUUCUUUUAUCUGCCUGAACGACAAUAAAUUACUUUGGG